AUGCAUAUAAUCCUUUCAGGUGAAGACUUCCUAUCAGACAGUGACUGGGUGUCUGUUGCAACUCGUUCAUGCACUCCGGUCGAAUGUGAUUUCCCUCGUCAGUUAUGCAUGCGACCGUCGGGUAAAUUCAAUGAUGAAUCUACUAACCAAUGCAGAAACAUUCCUGAAACUUGCAUAACUGCGGCAAAUAAUGGAGUUCCGCUUGGUACCAGUGCACCAAAGCUUCUACCGCCAACAACAACACCUACGAUCCCCUCAUUGAUACUAACCAUCGCAACUAAACCCCCUCUGCCCAUUCCGGAACCCUCGCCCUUACUUCCACCCAUAACCAUACCGUCAACCGUGGAAGUGACUGCUCCACCGAUUGGAGCAGUUCUACCAGAAACGUUUGGAACAAACAUCUGUGAGUUAGGUCUGCCUCAAGGACGAUUUUGCGGUUUUCUCGAAAAGUUUGCCUAUAAUCGGGAAUAUGGUCGUUGCGAGAAAUUUUUGUUCGCCGGUUGCACAACUCCGGAAACGAACGCGAANCUUUUCGACACGAUUGAAGAGUGCUUUUAUGCAACUCGAUCAUGUACAGGUAUCGUUUCUAUUCAGUUUCUCAUUAUCCUGCUCUCUCUUUGGUAUUCGUCGUCGAAAUGUUAG